UUUACCAUAACUUUUAUUAGUAGAGAUGUUUACUUGAGUUUUGUGUUAUAAAGUGACGCAAACAUAGACUGAAUGACUGUUUUGUCGACAAUUUAUUGUUGUUUUGAUUUGACAUUCAAUUGAUUGAUAUCUUUGACUGAAUUGAAUGGUCAGUCAAGUGAUGGCAAUGGAGACGGCAUUACAUAUAAAGACAUAUAAAGACAAUAUCAUUAAAAGUGAUUUACAACUCAAAGCAUUGAUCAAUGACAUUUCAAAGUGCAACACAUGUGAAGAAGACAUCAAUUAUCUCAUAUCACGAGCUUCUCAACUGAUCCGUAGCUACAAGACAUCGAUUGAUGAUUUGAUUAAAACAUCUAAAGAGUUGUCAACAGUGUCUCAAAAGAAAUCAUUGGACACCGAAAUCGAUGGUUUUCGGAACCAAUUGGAGGCCAACUCAAUAUCAUUAAGAAAAGCAAUAGCUGGCAGUCAAAAGUGCAUUUCAACAAAAACAAGGGAACAAUUGUUUAAUAUAAACACUGAACAGACAUCUUUAAGACAUAGAAAUGUCGGUUCAGUUAAUCGGGAAUUAUUGGCCAAUAAGUCAAAUGCCAUAACCGAUAACUUGAAAUCCGUGAGUCGACUGUUAGCCGCACAGGUGACACAAAGUGAGCAGACAUUGCAUACUCUGAUUGAUUCGUCGGCAAUGGUUACCGAAACAGGAGAAGAAUUCAAAUCGAUGUCUAAUCUUAUUGUUCAUUCACGCAAACUGUUGACCAAAUAUGGUCGCCGAGAGAUCACCGAUAAAGUGCUUAUUAUAUUAGCCUUAAUAUUCUUUUUUGGCUGUGUUUUGUAUGUUAUGACCAAAAGAUUAUUUUGGAGAUACUAUUAGUUAUAUUUUAAUUUAUAUUU